AUGAGUCUGGAUGUGACCGACGGCACCAACACUUUCCCAGCUUACGGGUGUGCAUCUAAGAACCUGUGUGCAGCUCCCUCAAGCUUGAAAUCUCUACCGUUCAUGCAGAGCAUUGCAACUGUGGCACCAGCAACAACAACAGCUGCUGCAACCACAACAACUGUGGCACAAACCACAACAACUGUGGCACCACCCACAACAACAACAACUGUGGCACAAACCACAACAACAGCUGCUCCAACCACAACAACAACUGCUCCAACCACAACCGCUGCUCCAACCACAACAACUGCUACUCCAACCACAACAACUCUGACACCA